UUUUGACCUUGGACGACAUGAACUCCUUCCCUUGAUGAUGAACAUGGUAUACAUAUGGCGCUCCGCCUGCCUGCGGGUUGUCUCACCUAACAACUACCGCGUCUUCAGUACCAGCUCACCUUGGAAUGCCGCCAAAAAUGUACCAAUUCACAUGGAGGAUUUUGCUUGCGACGCCAUACGCAACUUCUCAAUAAUAGCACACAUCGAUCACGGAAAAUCAACGCUUGCCGAUAGGCUUUUAGAGCUGACCGACACGAUUCAAAAGAAGCGGACAGGGAAGAAUGAGCAGGUUUUAGACAAGCUGAAGGUGGAGAGGGAGAGAGGAAUCACUGUAAAAGCCCAAACCGCCAGCAUGUUCCAUAAACAUGAAGAAAAGAUGCAUUUGUUGAACCUUAUCGAUACUCCAGGACACGUAGAUUUCGCGUGGGAGGUCUCUCGGUCGUUGGCUGCGUGUCAAGGAGCUUUGUUGCUGGUUGAUGCUAGUCAGGGAGUUCAAGCACAAUCAAUAUCUGUAUUUCAUAUAGCAAAAGAACGAGGGCUCAAGAUUAUCCCUAUUCUAAAUAAGAUCGACCUGCCUGCCGCACAGCCGGAGCUCAUGGCUGCACAAAUGGAAGCCGCCUUUGGCAUUGACCCGACAGAGAUUCUUCAUAUAUCGGCCAAGACGGGGCGAGGAGUAGAGGAAGUCUUGAAGGCUGUUAUUGAACGGAUACUCCCACCAACGGGUGAUCAAAAUGCGCCGCUGAAAACGUUUCUUUUUGAUUCUCUGUAUGAUCGUUACAGAGGUGUCAUUUCCUUAAUCAGCGUACAGGGAGGAAUUAUACGGAAAGGCGACAGAAUAGCUUCAUGUCACACACGGAAAAGAUACGAUAUCACAGAAAUAGGGAUAAUGCAUCCUGAAGAAGUCCCCACAAACAGUCUUUAUCCCGGACAGGUAGGGUAUGUUGCUUGCAACAUGAAGGAAUCAUCGGAAGCUCACAUCGGUGACACGCUACAUCGCCUUGGCACACCCGUUGAGCCUAUGCCUGGUUUCAAGCCAUCAAAAGCUAUGGUUUAUGCUGGGGUUUUCCCAGUAGACAGUAACGACUUCCCUAAGCUUGAAGAAUCCAUCAAGCGGCUUACUCUUACCGACCGAAGCAUUACCAUACAACGUGAAUCUUCCUCUGCUCUAGGACAGGGCUGUCGUCUGGGCUUCUUGGGAACCCUGCACAUGGACGUAUUUCGGCAACGUCUGGAGGAUGAGUACGACGCAAAUAUCAUCAUUACGGCCCCAACAGUGCCGUUCAAGAUAAUCCCGACAAAGGGCAGCGACUACUUUAUCAGUAACCCGACGGAGUUCCCAGACAUUGCUGAAAGCAUGGGCAAGGUCAAGGAAGUGCAAGAGCCGGUUGUUAGUGCCAGUAUAAUUGCUCCGGAAGAAUACUUUGGAGAGAUCACGGACUUGUGCUUUACCCAUCGAGCUGAGAGCCUAGAUCACAGGUAUCUGGAUACUGGUUCGGGUAUUGCGUCGUCGAGGAUCAUCAUUACAUGCAUUAUGCCUCUAAGCGAGAUUGUAACCGAUUUUUUCGAUCAGCUGAAAAGUCGGACAUCUGGGUUCGCCAGUUUUGAUUAUGAGGAUGCUGGAUAUCAAAAGAGUGAUUUGGCCAAGAUGGUCUUCUUGCUGAACGGCAAGCCCGUCGAUGCCCUUGCCCUUAUUGUACAUAAAUCUGCACAGGACAAAAUUGGUCGUGCUUGGGUUAAGAAACUUCAUAAAGUGAUUCCUCGGCAGCUCUUCGAAGUCCCCAUUCAAGCGGCGAUCGGUAAAAAAGUAAUCGCCCGGGAGACCCUCUCUGCGAUGAGAGCCGAUGUCACUGCAGGGUUGUACGGAGGCCAUUAUGAACGGAAACUAAAGCAUCUGGAGAACCAAAAGGAAGGGAAGCGCAGAAUGAAGAAGGUCGGAACCGUAGAGCUUCCACAAGAGGCCUUCUUUGAUAUUCUCAAGAAAUAGUCGGAUGGUAUACAACACUAGCACUACUCUAAUUAUACUGAUAUAGGAUGACUGGCUGUUGUAAUAUAUCGCCGGAUCUAUAGCACUGUAUCUUCGUCGUCGUAGGUUUCUGUGAGGAGCCGAUAUAUUGAUGAAGGUGGAUGAUCGCCAUCGUUCGUGAUAUAUGCAUCAACUAAUUCGGGGCAAACAU